AUGGCCCCCAAGAAGACGCGAAAGCCCAUCGAGGAACCAGAGUUAUCAUAUGAGUUGGAGCUGGAGCCUGAGCCCGAACCGCAACGAGGACCAUUCCCUUUCCUCGAAUUGCCAUCCGAAAUUCGCCUGCGCGUGUACCAUUUCGUUCUCUUCACACCAACCCGGAAGAGUGGCGCGAAGAAAAAUGCAGGCACCGUCGGCUCCUCCGCGAAGAAAAGCAAGCAUGUCGCCCCGACAUCGCAUCGUAUAGCACUGUUUCUUACCUCACAUCGCAUUCACGAUGAGGCCAGUCAUAUGUUCUAUUCGUCCCAAAUCUUCCGACUCUUCCCCGUGCAAGACUUCUCUCGCCGGCCGACCGUUCGCACCCUUCCACGUCGUCACCGUUCGUCCGUCACCACAAUAGAGUUGAUUUUGGGCAAUAGUUGGACUGCACCACCACGGUCAUGGAUUGUAAACCAGGGACUUGGCUUGCACGAUAUGGCUCACACGCGCACACUGAAGAUUUUCAUAGAGUGUGACCCUUCGCAGCCAAUCUUCGAGGGGUUCCGCGUCUCGAAAGAGUACUAUACGGAAUUUGCGGGCAAUUUGAUGCGGCAAAUCCUUGAGCGCCUCCCUGCCUCAGUCCAGGUGGAGUUUGAUGGUUAUCCCUCCGUGCGCAAGACAGGUGAUCUGAUGGUACGGCUACUGCAGGAGACGCAGAUGGCAAACAAGAAGGUCUUGUGGGGCCCGGAGAGAGGCUGGACAGACACCGAGGACAACUAUGUCCCAGAAGCGGAAGAUCCAGCAGACGCUGCCAUUGAUGGUUUGCGGGCCAGUAUACCGCUCUGCGUUGACACUUUGACAACCACACUCCAGGCCGUCAGACUGGAGACAUGA